CUGGAGGGGGCUUCGGGGUCAUCCCCGGCCCGAGGCCUUCGCCUAACGGAUGACGCUAACCCGGAGAUGGACGACAAUGGGCCCAACGCCCACUGCCACCCGCACCUCACGCAGGGACCCCAUGCCUCGGCUUCUAAUCUAAUUUGGGAGCUGAAAAGUCACACACAUGAAGCAGCCUAAGAUGGGUAGCAAGCAGUACUUGACUAGAAUGGGUACUAGGAAAAAGGUUCACACGUUUGUCCGUGUCAAACCCACUGAUGACUUUGCUCACGAAAUGAUCAAAUAUGGAGAUGACAACAAAAGCAUUGAUAUUCACUUUAAAAAAGACAUUCGAAGAGGAGUGGUCAACAACCAGCAGACAGAUUGGUCAUUCAAGCUGGAUGGAGUUCUCCAUGAUGCCUCCCAGGACUUGGUUUACGAGACAGUUGCAAGGGAUGUGAUUUCUCAGGCCUUUGAUGGCUAUAACGGCACCAUCAUGUGUUACGGGCAGACGGGAGCUGGGAAGACUUACACCAUGAUGGGGAUCACGGAGAACUUCAGGCACCGUGGGAUCCUCCCCCGUGCCCUGCAGCAGGUCUUUAAGAUGAUUGAAGAACGCCCCUCACAUGCCAUCACCGUGCGUAUUUCCUACUUGGAAAUCUACAAUGAGAACCUGUUUGAUCUCCUGUGCACCCUUCCCUACGUCGGCCCCUCGGUCACACCCAUGUCUGUGGUGGAAAACCCUCAAGGAGUCUUCAUCAAGGGCUUGUCAGUCCACCUCACCAGUCAAGAGGAGGAUGCGUUCAAUCUCCUCUUUGAGGGAGAGACCAACAGGAUUCUAGCCUCCCACACGAUGAACAAAAACUCAUCCAGGUCACACAGUAUUUUCACCAUCUACAUGGAGGCCCAUUCCCGGACCUUGUCAGAUGAAAAGUUUAUCACUUCCAAAAUUAACUUGGUGGAUCUGGCAGGCUCAGAGAGGCUGGGGAAAACAGGGUCUGAUGGCCGAGUCCAGAAGGAAGCCACCUACAUCAACAAGUCUCUGUCGUUCCUGGAGCAGGCCAUCAUUGCCCUUGGGGACCAGAAGCGAGACCACAUCCCUUUCCGCCAGUGCAAGCUCACCCAUGCCCUGAAGGACUCAUUAGGGGGAAACUGCAACUUGGUUCUAGUGACAAACAUCUAUGGAGAGGCUGCCCAGUUAGAAGAAACGCUGUCUUCGCUGCGGUUUGCCAACAGGAUGAAGCUGGUGACGACUGAGCCUUCCAUCAAUGAGAAAUACGAUGCUGAGCGAAUGGUCAAGAACCUGGAGAAAGAGCUGGUCUUGCUCAAGCAGGAACUGGCCAUCCACGACAGCCUGGCCAACCGCACCCUGGUGACCUACGACCCCAUGGAUGAAAUCCAGAUCGCUGAGAUCAACUCCCAAGUGCGGAGGUACCUGGAUGGGACCCUGGACGAGAUCGACAUAAUCAACCUGAGGCAGAUCCAGGAGGUGUUCAACCAGUUCCGAGUGAUUCUGAGCCAACAGGAACAGGAUGUAGAGUCUGCCUUGCGCAGGAAGUACACUCUCAUAGAUAAGAAUGACUUUGCAGCCAUUUCUGCUGUCCAGAAGGCAGGGAUUGUGGAUGUUGAUGGCCACUUAGUAGGUGAACCUGAUGGACAAAACUUUGGACUUGGAGUUGUGCCUUACUCUUCCAAACCUGGAAAGAAAGCUAAGGCCAAGAAGGCAUUCAGAGAUCAGAUCAGCUCCUCAGCCAGAAAGGAAGGUGCCAGCAGCCCAGUGAGUGGCAAAGACUUAGACGUGAGUUCCACCUCCAAGACCCAGCUGAUCCCGUCUUCCAAAGACGGAGAUGCCAAAGACAUGCUUUCCCGGGAUCGCGAAACGUCCAGCAUCGAGCCCACCGACUCUCCUAAGGAAGAAUCACGCCCACCCAGACCAAGUACUCCCCCCACCAAACCCGUGGCUUUUGAGGACUUUAAGAAUGAAAGAGGUAGUGAGAUCAACCGCAUCUUCAAAGAAAACAAAUCCAUCUUGAAUGAACGGAGGAAAAAGGCUAGCGAGAUCACCCAGCACAUCAAUGCCAUCAAGAAGGAGAUCGAUUCCACCAAAGAGGCUCUGGAAAAGCAGAAGUCACUACGGGAAACAGAAGGUGAGUACGAGAGCAAGGGGCUCACCAUCAUCGACGAGGAGGAAUUCCUGCUGAUUGUAAAGCUCAAAGACCUGAAAAAGCAGUACCGCAACGAGUACCAGGAACUGCGGGACCUCAGGGCCGAGAUCCAGUACUGCCAGCGCCUGGUAGACCAGUGUCGCCACCGCCUGCUCACAGAAUUCGACAUCUGGUACAAUGAGUCUUUUGUCAUCCCCGAGGACAUGCAGGCGGCACUGAAGUUGGGCGGCAGCAUCCGGCCAGGCAUGGUGCCCGCCAACAGGGUCGUGUCCCUGGGAGAAGACGACCAAGACAAGUUCAGCCAGCUACAGCAGACGGCACUGCCCGACGGGCCCGAUUCCAUCUCCUUCUAUAACGCCAAAGCCAGGACAGAUCAGAAGGCCAGGUUAAAGCCUAAGGAUCCUAUGAGGCCACUGACCGUCAAGGAGGUCCUCUGUAAGAAAGCUGCUCAGCACAGGAGGCAGACAAAACAAGAACAGAUGCGGCCGAGGUGGAGCUAGACACGGACCCAGCCCCAGCACAGUUACUUGAAAAGCAUGAGAAGCUUCCAGCAGUCACAUAGAAAAUAUAUUCUCUUCACCUGUACCUAGAAAGACAAAGACCAAGCAACUCCAGC